AUGAAAUUGAUACUGUUGAAUCCUUCGAAUAUGACUUUGGUACUAUUAGAGCUGCAACAAACAGUUUCUCUGAUGCUAAUACGUUCGGGCAAGGUGGAUUUGGUGUUAUUUAAAAGGUACACAAGAAAUAGCUCCUACGAAAGAAACCUUAAUACUUCCCUCUCCUCCGUUCCGCCAAAUAUUGACACCAAUGGAUUCUACAACGCCUCUACCGGAGAAAAUCCUGAUAGAGUCAACGUCAUUGCGCUCUGUAGAGCUGAUCUUCAGCCUUCUCAGUGUCGUGAUUAUGUGGAAAAUGCUACGGCCGAAAUCUUAAAGAGGUGUCCAAAUAAAAAACAGGCAAUCUUAUGGCACGAAUUUUGUAUGGUACGAUAUUCCGACGAGGCUAUCUUUGGAACUCUUGCAAAUUCCCCAAUGGAAUGGGGUUAUAGUGGGGAAAAUAUCACAAAUACAGACGUUUUUUACCGGGAGCUGAACGUAUUGUUGAACAGCCUUCACGAUCAUGCCGCUUUUAAUAGCUCGCCGAAGAAGUUUGCUGCUGCCACUCGGGAUGUGAAUGGUUCGAAUCGUCCGUUAAUUUCUGCAUUUGAACAGUGCACACCUGAUAUAACCUCGGAGGAAUGUCGUGAUUGCUUAAACAAAUCUGCCCAACAGAUUCGGGAAUGCUGUGAGGGUGCAAGAGGAGUUAGAAUCCUUAGGCCUAGUUGCUAUCUUCGUUUCGAAACUGAUCAGGAUCCAUUCUACAACGUAUCGAUGGUUGAACCGGUAUUCCAGCCACAAACGCCACCGUCACGGCCACCGCAGCCGCCGGGAAAGCAGAAAAAUACUUCUCGAACUAUCAUUAUUGUCAUCAUUCCAAUUGUUCUGGGUCUAAUACUUGCACUUUGCAUUGGCAUCUACUUAAAAACCAAAAAAAAUCAUAAACCAUGGGAAGAAGUUGACCUUGACGAGGAGAUCAGUACUGUUGAAUCCCUACAAUAUGACUUUGGUACGAUAAGAGUUGCAACAGACAAUUUCUCUGAUGCUAACAAGUUGGGGCAAGGUGGAUUUGGUGUUGUUUACAAGGGAAAACUCCCUAAAGGAAACGAAAUUGCAGUAAAAAGGGUGUCCCAUGAUUCAGGGCAAGGAGACUUGGAAUUUAAGAAUGAGAAUGGGAGUUUGGACCGCUUCAUAUUUGAUUCAAACAAUCCAUGUUUGGAUUGGGAAAAGCGCUACAUAAUUAUCAGCGGUGUUGCUAAGGGACUUCUUUAUCUACAUGAAGAUUCUCGUCUACGAAUCAUUCACCGAGAUCUCAAAGCCAGCAAUGUUCUGUUAGAUGAAGAGAUGAACCCCAAAAUUUCAGAUUUUGGCAUGGCGAGAUUGUUUGUCCCGAACGAAACUCAGCACAGCACUAGCAGAAUAGUUGGAACAUAUGGAUACAUGGCACCUGAGUAUGUAAUACAUGGACACUUCUCUAUUAAGUCAGAUGUCUACAGCUUUGGUGUCCUAAUUUUGGAAAUCAUAAGUGGUCAGAAAGCUUAUAAUUUUCAGAAUGGAGAGGGUAUGGACGACCUCAUAAGUUUUGUUUGGAAAAAUUGGCACCAAGGAACGGUUGCAAAUAUAAUAGAUCCUGCAUUGAGGACUUCUUCAGGAUCCAUGAGUGAUAUUACGAGAUGUAUUCAUAUCGGUUUGUUAUGUGUUCAAGAUAAUGCAGCCGAUAGACCUACAAUGGGAUCAGUGGUUCUCAUGCUCUCUAGCUUUUCCUUAACUCUGACAGUACCUUCACAACCUGCAUUUUUCAUGUCAGACCUUUUUGGUUCUGUUAAAUCCCAGAAUUAUCCAUGUGGAGAGAAUGGUACUUACAUGAGCAAUAGCACCUUCAGCGCAAACCUGAAUACCCUCCUCUCCUCGGUCUCCUCUAAUAUUGAUACCAAUGGAUUCUACAAUGCCUCCAUGGGAGAAUAUGCUGAUAGAGUCAACGCCAUUGCGCUCUGUAGAGGAGAUGUUCAACUCGAUAUUUGUCGCAGUUGUAUCUAUAAUGCUACGCGCUCUAUCUUACAAUUGUGUCCUUAUAAAAAACAGGCGACAUUUCGGGAUCCACGUAAUUGGUGCAUGCUACGUUAUUCUGAUGAGUACAUAUUCGGAACACUUGUAACUUUCCCCGACUUUUAUACGUGGAACACAAAAAAUGUCUCAGAUCCAGAUGACUUCUUCCAGGAUUUGACAACAUUGUUGAACAAUCUACAAAGCCAGGCAGCUUAUGGUGGUUCCCUCAAGAAGUUCGCUGCUGCAAAUAGAACUCGACCAGAUUCUUUGACAAUUUAUGGACUUAUGCAGUGCACCCCUGAUUUACCCUCAGAGGAUUGUAGAGAUUGCCUGAUUCAGGUUAGCCAAGUUAUACCACGGUGUUGUAAUGGGAAACCAAGAUUCGGUAUCUUCACCCCCAGCUGCAUUCUUCAAUAUGACACCUCUUUGUUUUAUAAUUAUACUCCUCAGCCACCUCCAGCACUAGCACCACCACCACCACCACCACCAUCAGUACCGGUACGGGAAGCACCAAUACUGGCACCACCAGGUGAGAAAAUCCUUGACUUCUAUUUUGGAAAUGAUGUUAAUAAAACUCGUACCAUCAUAAUUAAGAUUGUUCCAAUUGUUGUGGGCCUAAUACUUGCUGUAUGCAUUGGCAUCGUCCUAAGAAUCAGACGACAGAGCAAAACAAAAGAAAUUCAUGAAACUGACAAUGAAAUUAGUACCGUUGAAUCCCUACAAUAUGAAUUUGGUACAAUUAGAGCCGCAACAAACAGUUUCUCUGAUGCUAACAAGCUCGGGCAAGGUGGAUUUGGUGUUGUAUACAAGGGAAAACUUCCAAGCAGGCAAGAAAUAGCUGUGAAAAGAUUGUCCAUGAAUUCAGCGCAAGAGAGAAGCGAGAGGCUUCUUGUUUAUGAAUUUAUUGAGAAUGGGAGCCUUGAUCGUUUCAUUUUUGAUCCAAUCAAGCGUCAAUAUUUGGAUUGGGACACACGCUACAAAAUCAUAGGGGGUGUUGCUAAGGGGCUUCUUUAUCUGCAUGACGAAUCUCAACUCCGAAUCAUUCACCGUGAUCUCAAAGCAAGCAAUGUCUUAAUAGACGGCGAGAUGAACCCCAAAAUAUCAGAUUUUGGCAUGGCAAGGUUAAUUGUCCAAGAUGAAACUCAAGGCAGUACCAACAGGAUUGUAGGAACCUAUGGAUAUAUGGCACCCGAAAAGUGUAUUAUGUAUCGGAAAAGCUACACAUAUAAUAGAUCNGGAAAAGCUACACAUAUAAUAGAUCCUUUACUGAGGACUUCUGAUGGAUCCUUGUGUGAUAUUUUGCGAUGCAUUCAUAUCGGUUUGUUAUGUGUUCAAGAAAAUGCAGCUGACAGACCUACAAUGGCAACAAUAGUUCUCAUGCUUACAAGCUACUCUAUAACUCUGCCAAUACCUUCACGGCCUGCAUUUUUUGUGUUUAGUAGCCUUGAUCCAGAAAUUUCACUUUUUCGGGAACAAAAUUCAAGACCGAAAGAGGCCACAGAAUCGUCAAAGAAUAGAUCGAGUAAUUCUAUUGAUGCAUCUGUAAAUGAUGUCACAAUGAGUGAAUUAUAUCCUCGGUAA